CUGGCAGUCUUCGGUGCGAACGGUUGGUUUCGGAAGUGUUCGCUUGUCUGCAUUGAGUUUCCAGUAACACGUGCACUUUACGUUAAUAAACAUUUUUAUCUGGCUAAUUGAACCUGUUUUGGAGUGAAAUAUUCUGUUCGUUCUGCGUAACAGAUUGAGGGAAAACUUUUCUUCGCACGUGUCGGCUGAGGAUACGGCGCAAAGGUGGUGUCAAUUUAUGAGGUUAACUACGAACGACCCAGUGGAACGUGCAAAUUUUUCAGCAGAAAGUUUUUAAUAAUAAAAUUUGACAAACAAAAACGGCGGAAAAGUUUCAUUGGAAAUAUCCUGAAGCAGCAAUAAAACGCGCGUGCCACCCGAAGCGUAAAGUGAGUGUAAUUGUGCCAUUGAAGCGCGAAUCGGACCGACCGGGUGUCGGGGGCAAAAUACAUAGCAGCAGAGAUUUUUAUCGCCGCUAUUACGUGGUAUGCUGUCGGCCUUUUAUGAUUCCGAGGACUGUGUUUAUUAACUUCAGAAAGUGAUUCCGAACUUGAGUCAAGCCUAUUUGGUAAUUCUGCGGCUUCCGUAAAUGAACUCAGUGUUGCCUCUAUAAAGGAAAGUAAUUGUAGCGCGGAAAGGAACCAUCAAUUAUUCAUCUCGAGCUGCGAUCUUGAAGCAAAAUGUUGCGCUUUGGAUUACGAAAGUACAAGAGGCUGAAUAAUACCGUUCCCGGCCAGGACGAGCUGGAAGGACCGAACGGUAACGACGCGACCGCGGCGACAAUGACGACAGGAACACCUGUUCGCCAGCAUCCCCAUCUAAUACACAACGAGCUGAAUGGAGGCGCGAUGAAAAAUACUAACUCACGUACCAACCUGGAAGCAUCACCAAAAAGUGCCAACGAUCAAAAAGCAUCCCCCGACGGCGAAAACCCGAGAGCCAUCGAGAAGAAGAAAACCUUCAGUUCCUCCCCCGAGCUGGACCUGCAGCCGUCGUCACCGCCGCCUCCCGGCUUGCGCCCGAGUGCUCUUUCCACCUCGUCGCCGGAUAAUUACAGACCACUGCAGCAGGCUCAAACACCCAAAAAGCGCACUGCCGCGGCUAGCUGCAAAGUUCGCAUCUACAAGUGCAUCAAGCGGAUACUGAAAAAGAACAACUUUUCCAAAGAGCAACGCGUUCACCAGCAGCAGCAGCAGCAGGUGCAAACGCCGGAUAAAUCAAAAGUUGACUACAGAGAGAUUAAAAGUUUACUGGAGAAGGAGAAACCGUCUCUGGACUACGACGUUAAUCUUGCCAAAUGUGUGGAUAAACCGGCGCUGAUAAAAAAAAUUGCCCUGAAUUUAAUGAAAUCAGCACAAGACGAAGGCCGUUCGCUGGUCGUUGCCCCGGAGGGCUGCUCGGAAACCACUUCCAUCCAGAGCAAUCUGGACCAGGAAGCCGAAUACCAGCGACUGUGCGGCGAGUCAUGGUACCACGAAAACCUUCCCCGGGAUCUGUCACUGGAGCUGCUGAGCGGUGAACCAGCCGGAAGCUUUAUAGUUCGCAAAAGCACCACCCAGCAAGGUUGCUACGCACUCUCACUACGUGUACCCCCGCCGGGACCAAAGAUUGCACACUACCUAAUCGUCCGGACUCCAACCGAUGGCUAUCAGAUCAAGGGAUUCCAUAAGGAGUUCAGUUCGCUGCGUGCCCUAAUCGUGCACCACUCGGUGAUGCCUGAGUCGCUUCCGGUUCCGCUGGACGUCCCGCGCCCCUCAAAUCUGGCUGUAAAAACCAAAUGUGACGACGACUAUGAUACCGUUUUCGAUCUUCCGGAAACGAUUCGUGCGUAGACACAGAAAAUAAGACACCAUCCUUUUGUGCUCAAAAUUACCAAUUAAUUGCAUGUUGAGAAACUUUUACCAAAACCUUAUUGUUACCUACAUCUAGCGUGUAAGCUAUUAUUAAAUUUAUAUUGUAUUGCCUAGAGAAAUAUAAAUA